CUUUAAUGUUCUUUUGAACUUCCGGUUGUCACACGUGUGUCAGAAAACAACAUAAUAAUUGUUUGUUUAUUCGUUUUGUGAGCAACAAAGGUACGGCCAAGGAUGGGAAACAAGAAGAAAAUUGGAAAGGCCCGUAAGGACAAGUUCUACCAACUUGCCAAGGAGAGUGGAUACAGGGCUCGAUCAGCAUUCAAACUUAUACAGCUCAACAGGAAAUUUGAGUUCUUGCAGAGCUCUCGAGUGGUGAUUGACUUGUGCGCAGCCCCUGGUGGUUGGCUACAGGUGGCAUCGGAGAACUGCCCAGUGUCCAGUCUCAUUGUCGGGGUGGAUCUGGUGCCCAUUAAGCCCAUACGCAACUGUGUUGCUCUCGUAGAUGAUAUCACCACACAGAAAUGCAGACAGGAUCUUCAGAAGGAGCUGAAGACAUGGAAAGCUGACUGUGUGCUUCACGAUGGUGCACCAAAUGUCGGAAAGAACUGGAACUAUGACGCUUUCCAACAAAUUCAGUUGACCCUUUAUGCAUUGAAACUUGCUACUGAUUUUCUGAGAAAAGGCGGAUGGUUUGUUACAAAGGUGUUCCGGUCCAAAGACUACAAUUCCCUGCUGUGGGUUUUGAAGCAGCUUUUCAGAAAUGUACAUGCAACAAAGCCUCAGGCAUCAAGAAAUGAGUCUGCCGAGCUUUUCGUGGUUUGUCAGAAUUUCCUCGCGCCAGAUAAAAUUGAUCCAAAGUUUCUUGAUCCAAAAUUUGUAUUUAAAGAUGUUGACGAUGAACCAAAUCUAUCACUGAAUCUUAUACACCCAGAAAAGCACACAAGACACAGAGACGGCUAUAAAGAAGGUGAUUACACACUCUUCCAUACACUAUCAGUUACUGACUUUAUCAAUAGUGAUAACUACUUGGAAUUGCUUGCUGAUGCCUCAGAAGUAAAGUUUGAUGACAAAGCCAUUGAAAAUCAUGCAACAACAACUGUUGAAAUUAAGGAAUGUCUAAAGGACAUAAAGGUCUUGGGAAAGAGAGAAAUCAGAUUGGUAAUAAACUGGAGAAAGAAACUGAGGAAAGAGCUUGAUGAUGCAAAGGAAGAAACAAAGAAAAAUGUCGAAGAAAAGAUAGAAGAGAGUGAAGAUGAUAUGGCAAAGUUGGAAGCUCAACUUGCUGACAUGGAGGGUGAGCAGAAGAAAGCAUUGAAAAGAAAAAUCAAGAAAACUAGGCGAGAAAGAGGUAAACUGCAGCACAAAAUGGAUAUGAAAAUGGUUUUACCAGGAGAUAAAAUUGAUAUGUCAGAUGAUAGGGAGCUUUUUGCUUUGACCAAAAUAAAGAGCAAGAAACAGCUUGAAACUGUUGAAGAGGUUGAGCUCAGUGAUGCAGAUGAGGAGGAUGAAGAGGAAGAUGUUUCCAACAAAAAGAAGAAAAGAAUUAUAUUUGAUAGAGAAGAAAAGGAUUAUGGCAUGAGUGAUGUUUCAGAUGAGGAUGAAGAGUUUGAUGAAGAUGAUGCUAGUGAUGGCAGUAUUUCAUUAGAUGAAGCAAAUGAUGAGGAGAAUCCACUGCUUGUUGGUAAGCAGAGCAAAAAGUCAAAAACUGAUAUGUGGUUCAGUAAAGAAUCAUUUGCUGGACUGGAUGAUGAGGAUGAUGAAGAUGUUGAAAUAGAGAAAAUGGCUGAGGCCUAUCAAAAGAAAGGUGGUGUCAUAAAAGGUAUCAAUGACAAUGAUGAUAUGAUCAUUCCUGAGGAAAGAGUGUCUGAUUUGAAGAAAGUAAAAGCACGAAAAGACAGAAAGAUGGAUGGUGACAAAGACAGUGCAUUUGGUAGUGGAUCAGGUGCUGAUGAUGAUGAUGACAGUGAUGAUGACGAGGAUGAUGAUGAGUCGGGUACAGAAGGAGACAACAGUGACUCGGACAGUGACAGUGAUUAUGACACUAAGGAAUUCUAUAAGCAACAAGAUAAAUCUUUGAAUGAAAAUAAGAAUAAAAAGAAAAGCAAGAAAGCAAAUAGUGAGGAGGAAGGUUUUGAAGUUGUUCCUGUGGACAAAAAUCCUCCGAUAAAACUGAAUGCCCAAGGACUUGCAUUAGGAACAGCUAUUGUCAGUUCAAGAAAGAGAAAGAGAGAAGUUAUAGAGAGUGGCUAUCAUCGGUACAUGUUUAAUGAUGACAACCUCCCAGACUGGUUUGCCAAAGAUGAACAGAGGCAUCAUCGUGUAAUGUUACCAGUCACUAAAGGUGAAAUUCAGGAAUACAAAAUGAAAAUGAAGGCUGUUGAUGCAAAUCCAAUUAGGAAAAUUGCUGAAGCUAGCAAGAAGAAGAAGAUGGCGAGAAGGUUAGAGAAAGCAAGAAAGAAGGCUGAUACUAUCAAUGACACAGAAGAAGUCACUGAUCGUGAAAAGUGGUCACAAAUUAAACAAGUGUACAAAAAAGCAGGACUGUUGUCAAAGAAGAAAAAGGAAGUGACAUACGUUGUCUCGAAGCGUGGUUUGGCUGGUAAGAAGACCGCAAGGCCGAAUGGAGUGAAGGGGCCGUACAAAGUUGUGGAUGGGAGGUUGAAAAAGGAUAUAAAGGGGAAAAUGAGAGCGGAACAGAGGAAGAAGGGGAAGGGAAAGAAGAAAAGAUAAACUUGCUUGCUUUUGUUGGUUCUGAGUAUGGGACAACAACUUACUGAAUCCAAGACACUUUUCAUUUCAUAUUUUUAGAAAUAAUGUUAAUAGUUUUGUUACAUGUAUGAUAAAAGCAUGUGAGCUUUUAUGCUCUUUAAAGUCUGAAAUCUGUAUAAGGAAGUAUUAAUAAAAGUAAAAUACU